AUGAUAACUUUAAGUAUUUUUACAUGCAUUUUUUUAAAUUGGCUGACUCCUGGAUUAACGAAGAGCGAAAUAGAAUCUGAAAGUUUUGAAUGGGACCGUAACGAUCGUUCAUUUGACUGUAUAGUUGGAAUAGAAGUACAUAAAAAAAGAGUGGGGCAAGGUGUUAUUGUCAACCUCCGAACUAUAGUAACAUCAGCUAACCCUUUGAAUGCAUACAUAAAUAACAAGAAUCCAGUAAAAGUAUUUUCUGUGGAGAAAAAAACAUUUAAUAAUUCAGUUGAUUAUCCUAUAGAUUCCAUUAAAGGUAAUCAGGUAAAAAGAGAAAGUGUUUGGAUCCAAAUUGGCGAAGACCGUACUAAUUCACCCAUUCAUGAUAUAGUACUGAUUAUUCUCAGCAAUAAUGUAUCUGAGGCUCAUAAAAUCGCAACAUUUCCUUUUUCUGAUGAACUAUUUGAAGCUCCUUUGCCCGAUAGCGGAUGGAUUGUUUCUGGGUUUGGAUAUGCUGACAUACAACAUAUUAAGAAUCAUAGAAUUUUGGAGAUAUCGAUUCUACCUGGUAAGCUUUUAGAUUGUGAUGAAUGGUUUCCACGUGACUGGGGUCAUUUUAUAUGUAUUGAUAACGAGGAAAAUCUGCCUGGAGUGCCAUCUGGCGGGCCUUUAUUUCACAUUGAUCACGGCAAAACUUUAUUCGGUGUCGGAUGUUUUUCAUUGAGAAAGGGCAAUGAGAGUAUUCUAGUAUUUACAAAUCUUAAAUUAUAUAGAUUUGGAUUACGAGGGUAUUUUUUUAAUCCUACGGAGGGCCCUAAAAAGAAAGAGGAGACUACGACUAUGCCAAAUAAUAAGUUAAAUAUUACAAAAGGUGAUAUAGUAUUGUAA